UUCCUCCCUCUGAAGACCAUCCUUUGACCAGAAUGUCUCUUCACCAGUUCUUAAUAGAGCCAAUAACCUGCCAUGCCUGGAACCGAGACCGAACUCAGAUUGCCAUUAGCCCGAAUAACCAUGAAGUUCACAUCUAUAAGAAAAACAGUAACCAAUGGGUAAAGGCCCAUGAGCUGAAAGAGCACAACGGACACAUCACAGGGAUCGAUUGGGCCCCCAAGAGCGACCGCAUCGUCACCUGUGGUGCCGACCGCAACGCUUACGUCUGGAGCCAGAAGGAUGGUGUGUGGAAGCCGACCCUGGUCAUUCUGAGGAUCAACCGAGCUGCCACUUUUGUGAAGUGGUCCCCUCUGGAGAACAAGUUUGCCGUGGGGAGCGGGGCACGCCUCAUCUCCGUGUGCUACUUCGAAUCGGAGAACGACUGGUGGGUGAGCAAGCACAUUAAGAAGCCCAUUCGGUCCACGGUCCUCAGCCUCGACUGGCAUCCCAAUAAUGUCUUGCUGGCGGCUGGCUCCUGCGACUUCAAAUGCAGAGUGUUUUCAGCCUACAUUAAGGAGGUUGAUGAGAAACCGGCAAGCACCCCCUGGGGCUCAAAGAUGCCGUUUGGGCAGCUGAUGGCGGAAUUUGGCGGCACAGGGAGCGGCGGAUGGGUCCACAGCGUCAGUUUUUCUGCCAGCGGCAACCGCCUCGCCUGGGUCAGCCACGACAGUACUGUAUCGGUUGCGGACGCUUCCAAAAACAUGAUGGUCUCGCAACUGAAAACGGAGUUCCUCCCGCUCCUGAGCGUGUCGUUCGUUUCGGAGAACAGCGUGGUCGCUGCUGGCCACGAUUGCUGCCCCAUGCUCUUCAACUGCGACGACCGCGGAUCCCUCGCCUUCGUCUCCAAGCUCGACAUUCCCAAGCAGAGCAUCCAGCGCAACAUUUCCGCCAUGGAGCGCUUCCGCAACAUGGACAAGAGAGCCACCACCGAGGACCGCAACGCCACGCUGGAGACCUUGCACCAGAACAGCAUCACCCAAGUGUCUAUUUACGAGGUGGACAAGCGCGACUGCCACAAGUUCUGCACCACCGGCAUCGACGGAGCCAUGACCAUCUGGGACUUCAAGACACUAGAGUCCUCUAUCCAGGGCCUGCGGAUCAUGUAAAGGAGCCUCUCUGUUCUCUAGCAAGACAGCUCGCUCUGGCCCCUGCACAGACUUGAAAAGGGACGGCGAAGAUGGGUCACUUUGAAGCACUGAGAAAUUGAAGGCUUGGUGGAUUUUUUUUU